UUUUUCUUUCUAUGUAUGGUCCUGUUACAUCUAUCAACAACAGCAUUGGUUACCUUAGCCUUUCUUGGUUCUAUUGGUAUGACGUUUGUGAUUUUGGCAUGUGCUUUACCUCAGUACAAAUUAUGGUGGCCAUUUUUCGAGGUACUAUUCUACAUUAUGGCACCGAUACCUACUUUAGUUGCAAAACGAUACAACGAUGGCUCUGGUUCUAGCAAUGGUUGUUUGGAAGCGUCCAUAUUUGUUACAAUGGGCAUAUUAGUUAGUUCAUUCGCCUUACCAAUAGUUCUUUCACGUGCUGGGACCAUAGCUGCAGGAGCGUGCUACUUGACUAUAGCAGGAAAUGUUGUGGUAUACCUGACAUUGCUAGGAUUUUUCCUAACUUUCGAUCAAGAUGAUUCUGAUUACAACAUGUGGUAAUUCGGUGUAUGGAAAAUAAUAAUGAUAUCAUAGCUCGGAUAAUUUAAGACUGCUGUUAGGUUUCAUUGCUGUACAUAGAGAAUCGAGGAUUCAGGAAAAAGGAAAAAGUUGAUUUAAGUUAUAAUAUUUUAAUUAUUAUUUUACUGCCACCAUGGAAUCCUACGUCAAUGUGACAGUAUAUUUGAAUAUGUUUGCUAAACAACCAAUUUGUUGGUUAUUUUAUGAUACUUUCGAAAACAGCUUAAAUAUCUUAAAGUAUAAAUAUAUAUUAAUACGAUGUUUAGUAUUAAAUGAUAUGGCUUUUGUGUAUAUUUUUUUAAAUAAUAAAAAAAGAUAAACCAAACUACAUAAAAGACAUAAAAUAAUAACUUGUUUGCAUUAAGUUCCCUUAAUAUGCCUAUAGCUACCAUUUUUUUGGGUUGAAAUUGUCUAUGGUUUGUUUCAUGUCGGCUAAUAUAUUUUUAUGUUUCAACAA